AUGGCCUUCAAGUUCCAGCUAUUCGUGUUCGCCGCUGUAGUGGCUAUCGCUAAAGCCGGAGUAGUACCGGCUCCAUACGCUGCGGCUCCUGUAGCAUACGCCGUAGCCCCUGUAGCUUAUGCCGCUCCAGUUGCCAAAGCUGUAGUUAAAACUGUAGAAUACGAAGCAGCCCCACAAUACAGCUACGGAUACUCCGUGCAAGACCCUUUGACCGGAGACUCCAAGAGCCAACACGAGACUCGCAAUGGUGACGCCGUACAAGGAUCUUACUCUGUUGUAGAUGCCGAUGGUACCAAACGUACUGUGGAAUAUACCGCUGAUGAUGUGCACGGAUUCAACGCUGUCGUACACCGUGAACCCCUCCACGUGAAGGUCGCUGCUCCAGUUGUUGCCAAAGUUGCUGCCCCAGUUGUCGCCAAAGUUGCUGCUCCAGUAGCUUACGCUGCACCAGCCCACUAUGCCGCUCCAGUUGUAGCUAAAGCCGUAGCUCCAGUUGCUUACGCUGCCCCAGCUCACUACCCCGCCCCAGCCCACUACGCCGCUGCCCCAGUCGUAGCCAAGGCUGUUGCACCAGUAGCAUAUGCAGCACCAGUCGUCGCUAAAGCUGUUGCCCCAGUAGCUUAUGCCCCAGCUCACUACGCCGCUGCUCCAGUUGUAGCUAAAUCUGUAGCUCCAUUGGCCUACGCCGCUCCAGCUUCAUUCGCCUACGCUGCACCAGCUCACUACGCUGCUCCAGUUGUAGCCAAAACUUUAUCUUACUCUGCACCAGCUCACUUUGACCACUACUCUUACGCUGCACCAGCCCCAGUAGUAGCCAAAGCCGUAGCCCCAGUUGCCUACGCCGCCCCAGCUCACUAUGCCGCCCCAGUCGUAGCCAAGGCCGUAGCUCCAGUUGCCUACGCCGCACCAGCUCACUACGCCACUGCCCACUACGCAGCUCCAGCCCCAGUUGUAGCUAAAGCUCUUUUCUUAUUCGCUGCUGUUCUAGCUGUCGCUAGAGCUGGAUACUUGGGAUCCGCAGGAUUGUACUCAUCCGCCUACGCCGCACCUGCCCUGCACAGCUACGCUGCCCACGCUCCUUUAGUGGCUAAGACUGUAGCUCCUUUGGCCUACGCCGCACCAGCCCUCCAUAGCUACGCAGCACCAGCCCUGCACAGCUACGCAGCAUUUGCUCCAUUGGUGACCAAGACCGUAGCUCCUCUGUCUUACUCAUCUCACUACGCACCAUCUCACUACGGAUACUCCCACUACGCUCCUGCUGCACACUAUGCUGCUCCAGUUGUUGCCAAGGCCGUCGCUCCUUUGGCCUACUCAGCACCAGCUCACUUUGCACCUGCUCCUUAUGUAGCCAAGUCUUACGCUGCACCUCUUUCCUACUCUGCACACUACGCCGAACCUGCUCUUUCUCACGUUUCUUAUGCUGCUCCACUCCAUUACUCCGCUCCAGCUCACUACGAUGCCGCCCCUUUGCUGGCUAAAUCAUACGCACCUUUGCCAUACUCCGCCCCAGCAUGGUAA